AUGGAUCACGAGUGGCGAAUGACAGAUCUUCAUCUCUAUCCAAUGAUCGACGUGCUUGGGCGAUUGCUGGCCAUGUUGGUUUGCGUUGAUGAGGCUGUAUCCGGUAAUUCUUGCAUCAGGAAACAUUGGAGCUUUUAUCUUCGGUCUGUGCACUUGGUGCAUCGAAAUUCAGUGAAGUUUGGCAUGUUUGAUUCACCAAUCGAAGCACUGGUGAAUGUUCUGAUGAAGGUUGACCUUCAGAUAAUGAGCGGCUACGUUCUACAGAACAGCUUUCCCAUUUCAUUCGGCAGUGACAACCCAACCUUCGGUGAAAACAUGUUGAAAGAAUUCGUUCAUGCCGUCAAGUGGAGUAAAAAGAGGUUCGAACUCAGUGUCGCCUGCGAUGCCCCGUACCACGAACACCUCGUGGCCCUUUGCAGUCUCGCCUGUUUUCUACACAGUGUGUUUAACGCCGUUGACCAGAAGUGCUUGCGUGUCUUGAUGGAAUGCUGCAGAAAGGCACCUGUUGUCGUUCUGUGCAAUUGUGUCGCCUUUUGUCCUGCCAAAUUUCUACUGAGAAAGAUUUCUGUCGGCAUACGCUCGUUCGACAUUGCCGCAUUCGACUCUUCCAUCAGCCAACAUCCCAGCUUGUUCCAGCAGCGAUGUGGAGACGUGAAACGCGCUUUCGAAAGACUUCGUUUGGCGGUACUGAGGCUGCAGUUGGAAGUUGGAGGAUUCCGUCGCUGGCAGGACAAUUCAGUGGCAGAGCUGCAACGACGUAAUGAUUUAUUUUUGAACGGGUUGAGUGCUGCUGCUUUCGUUGGGGAGCACGUCAGGACGUUAUUGGCUUUGAUCUCCGAAGACGCACAGUUUAUUGAUAAACGCGUGUUGUUGCUCUUAUUUCGAAUAGUGGACCAGCUUAAGGCAAGAACAGUCCCAGUCCACUUCGUUCGGGAAGCGUGCGACUGCUCUUUCGUCGCCUUCUACCGCUCCCUCGUGCCGCUCUACUUUGGACUUUGCUUAAAAAGCACGGAAGUCAGUUAUGUCCUUGAUUUGCAGAGUUUCUUCGCCGCUUUGAAUGACUCAUGUAAAAUGUUGCGCGAUGGCAUCUGCCACGAGGCCGACGCUGCUGCGACGGUCUUCGAACAUGACGUGUGGCAUGAGUUUGAACAGGUCUUAAUGCGCUACCUUUGCCAAGAGGUCGAAAACGACCUGCGUUUAUCACUCUUCUCUGAAAGCCCCGUCGAAAACGAACAACGCUUUUCAAACCACAAACUGUAUUACUCGUUGAUCCAUCAUCGACCCAUAUACUUUUCUGGAAAAUACCUGGAUAUCAGCGGUAAUUAUUCGCUUGUUAACGCGUUGAAUCAGAAGCCUGCGCGCUAG